UAGAACGACUCGUCAAAAGAGUUGGGGAUCCGAUCGUCUCCUCUGCUCCCAUGAAAAGAACCUCGCAGUCAGAUUGGUUUCCCCGCGGAGGGAAAUCCCGACCAGCGAUCACUUCUCCCACCGAUUCAAAAUUGGAACUUGCCCUAAAACACUGUAAAUUCCCUUGAAUCCGCUGAAAUUCUGGUGCUCUUCCGGAAGCAAUGCCGUCGCUAGACUCGCAAUCGGACGGUGGGACGCCCACGGUGGCGUAUGACGGCGCCCUCCUCCCCCUCGCCGCUGCUGCUCAGCAGCCGUACGUCUCCGAGCUCCUGUCAUUCACGCUUGAUCGCCUCCACAAGGAACCGGAGCUUCUGCGCGUUGACGCGGAGCGGAUCCGACGACAGAUGCAGGAGGUCGCCGUCAAUAAUUACAGGGCGUUCAUUUCUGCAGCCGACGCGCUGAAGUCGGUCCACGAAGAAGUGUUCCUGGUCGAUAAGCAUCUCGAAUUAUUGAUUGAAGAGAUUCCAAAGCUCACUGCUGGUUGCACGGAGUUUAUUGACUCUGCUCAGCAAAUUUUGGAGAAGAGGAAGCUAAAUCGGACAUUACUUGCUAACCAUAGUACAUUGCUUGAUCUACUUGAAAUUCCUCAGCUUAUGGACACUUGUAUACGGAACGGGAACUAUGAUGAGGCCCUGGAUUUAGAAGCAUUUGUGUGCAGGCUAGCUAAGGCACAUUCAGAGUCUCCAGUCAUUCAAUCAUUAGCUGCUGAAGUUAAGCAUACAACCCAGUCUUUGCUCGCUCAGCUUCUCCAGAGGCUGCGAUCUAAUAUACAGCUGCCAGAAUGCCUUAGAGUUAUCUCAUAUUUGAAGCGCAUAGGCGUAUUUACAGAGAGUGAAAUGCGUUUACAGUUCUUAAGAUGCAGAGAGUCAUGGCUUGCAAGCAUCAUUGAUGAUCUUGACCAGAGGAAUGUUUAUGAAUAUUUGAGAGGAAUGGUGAACUGUCAUCGGAUGCAUUUGUUUGAUGUCGUUAAUCAAUAUCGCGCAAUCUUUGUGGAUGAUACGUCUGGUAAUGAAGAAAAGUAUGAUGGUGGUCUUCUUUUCAGUUGGGCUAUGCACCAAAUAUCUUCUCAUCUCAACACUCUGAAGACCAUGUUGCCAAUGAUUACUGAGGGUGCAUUGCUUUCUAGUAUCCUUGACCUCUGCAUGUAUUCUGGCAUGAGUUUGGGAUUUGUUGGAUUGGAUUUCCGAGGAUUACUUCCACCACUUUUUGAAGAUGCAGCGCAGAAACUCUUCUCUAAGAAUAUCACCACAGCAGUUGAAAAUUUUCAGCUUGUCUUGGAUUCACACCGCUGGGUGCCAAUACCACCAUUGGGUGUUACAACUGGAAAAGGGACUGAUGACAUGCAGGAUGAUGUUACGCCUCCAUCAUCAUUGAUGGAACAUCCUCCUCUUGCUGUUUUUGUUAAUGGUAUGUCGAUGGCACUGAAUGAACUGCGACCAUGUGCUCCUGUCAGUCUAAAGCAUGCUCUUGCGCAAGAACUGCAAAAUGGUCUGCAGGCUGUUGCUGAUUCUCUGAUGAGAUAUAAUGCAACUCGAAUGCUUCGGGAUAAUGAGUCGGUACUUUUCCAUUCACUUUGCCGUGCAUUCCUUGAGGUUGCUUGCCCCUACUGUAUUACAUGCUUUGGACGAUGUUAUGUUGGUGGUGCUGGUCUGAUUGAACUGAAGAAUUCGUUUGAUGGAGUUCGUCGGCUCCUUGUGUCAUCUUUGCCUGUUGUAAAAGGAAGUCAAAAAGCUCCUGAUGGUCUUGCUCAAAUUGAUCGGAGGAAUAGUAUUGCAGAGAAUGGAGAACCAUCGGUUCAGGAUAAUGGUGAGACGCAAGAUACUGAGAAAAGAGAAGCUGAGAGUGCAGAUGAAGUAAAAGCUAGUGUAGAAAAAGAUAUCUAGCAAAGAUAGAAUUGAACGUAUGAAUUCAUUACAGCGCUCGAGUACGUCAGCGUGGACGCAUGCACAUUUCCUUGCAUGCACUUUUUCUUUUCAUUGUUCUAAGUAGGACACAUGGACAUGGAUGUUUUUAAAUGUUUAA